UCUUCUAUUUCCGGUGUUCCCACUCUGUUAGUUUCCGGGUGUUGUAAUAAUCAGAUGAACGCACAUAAGCUGCGUUUGUUGGCGAAUAAAGAGGUGUUUGGAGGAGUUGUUUCUGGAAAAUUCAGACCACAAACAACACCGAAGGCUUCACCAAUGAUCUAAAAAGACUACACACAGCAGAGUGCUCGCCUUCUGGUAUCAUUUCCUGCCUGGUGCCCAAGAUGGCAAGCGCUGCUUCAGCCUCUACAGAGAGCCCAAGUUCAGGGGGAGCUACUGGCACUGCUGGAGAAGGCAGCAACCAGGACAGUACGUUCGAGUGCAAUAUCUGUCUGGACACUGCCAAGGAUGCUGUCAUUAGUCUGUGUGGACACCUCUUUUGCUGGCCCUGUUUACAUCAGUGGUUAGAGACGAGACCAAACCGCCAGGUUUGCCCAGUGUGCAAAGCAGGAAUCAGUCGAGAGAAAGUUAUCCCGUUAUAUGGCCGGGGGAGUACAGGGCAGCAGGACCCAAGGGAGAGAACACCACCUAGACCUCAGGGACAGAGACCUGAACCAGAAAACCGAGGGGGGUUUCAAGGGUUUGGUUUUGGAGAUGGGGGAUUUCAGAUGUCCUUUGGGAUUGGAGCCUUUCCGUUUGGUAUUUUCGCCACAGCAUUUAACAUUAAUGAUGGCAGACCACCCCCAGCUGUCCCUGGAACCCCGCAGUUCAUGGAUGAGCAGUUCCUCUCCCGUCUCUUUCUGUUUGUCGCCCUGCUGAUCAUGUUUUGGCUUCUCAUUGCAUAAGGACUGGUUGCAAGCUGCAAAAAGGGACUGCCAAUGAAGACAACUAAAAUUAUUAUUAUUAUUAUUAUUGUUGUUUUUUUAAAUCUUCACUAAUAAGAAUAAUUAAUCUAUUUCUGGAAUGGGUGGGAAGAAAUGAAAAAAAGAAGUAAGAAGAAAACCUUUUGGAUAAUAAAAUGAUUUCUUCAUUGAGUUUAGACGUUUCAUUUGAAUGGGAAUACUUUACCUAUAAACAAAAUGUGAUUUUAAAUACUAUGGCUUUUGAACAAUUAAACAUCGGCAAGAUUGUUUUUAUAGCUGACUAUUUAUUCUUGGGGUACUGCAAUUGGUAUUUUAAAAUCUCUAGAAAGGUUUGUUCUUUCAGCCAACUAGUUUAGUGAAUCCAUUGAUUCAUUGUUACCACUGGGCUGUUGAUAAACUUUUCCAGGUGUCAUGUAGACGCUCCCUGACUAAGUAUUAUAUAGAUUUAUAUGGAAAUCGCAGGGGCGUUUUUUGAAAAAGUCUUGUUUUUAUUGCACCACUUGCUUUUUGAGAAGGCUAACUUAGUUAGAACUGUGCUUGGAGCAUAUGCUUGCAGUGACAAUUCAAGUGGAACAUGGUAAACUAUUGAUUUUUAGAAAUCAUAAAAAAAAGUACUUGCAGUUUUCUUUAUUUUUGUGUCAACACUUUUUUAAUUAAACAAUUAAUGAUCACCUGCACCACUAAAUGUGAUACUUAAACUUCUGUAAACCAUCACGAAGAAAGUCUGGAAACAUCGCCUGUUAGCAGAUUCUGAAUGUUAAAACACGGGCAGGGCACUAGGGGGCAGUUUGGGUUUUUUGAUUUUAAUAGUUGAAGAAUUGCAGUAAAGUUAAAGAAAUCUGCACGUUGUAACGCUAUAGUUUAAUUCCUAUCAAACAAUGUCACCAGAAAUGUAUUAAACAAACUGCAUACUUGAUUGAUUUUUGUAUUUGUUUUUUAUGUAUGAGUUUUAUGUUUUUAAGAAAACAUGCAUUCUUCAUAGUAAGUUAAAAGUGCAGUAUCUCACUCGGUUUUAAAAAUAUGUGAGAUGAUUGUUACUACUUAAGAUCAAUAAAAUAAUGGUUAAUCUGCUCUCUGUAGUAUUUUGCUAGUUGAGCUAUGUAGUGGAAGUCGUAAUUUAUAUUCUUAGUCACCCAUUGCUGUAGGUGGGUGUAAUGCAGUUUGGUUUUCUGCAGCUGUAACUUCCAUGGGAGAAGUAAAGUUUAAUCAAAGUGCACUGUUUGCAGAUCCACUAAUGUUAUAAUGUACUCACAGACACUUAAGAGUUCAGUAUGAAAUUGAACAUGUUUAUGGGGCUUUGCUGCUUUAACUGUACAAUUUUACUAGCAUACUAAUUGUGAAACAGCAAAGAGUUUUGCAGAAGCUUGAUGCAGUGUCUUGUUUCAGCUGGCCAUGAUCCUUUGUAGAUAAACAUUAUAUUUUGCUUGUUAAUUAGUUUUGUCAUUGUUUUCAGUAUACUACAGUGUGUUGCUUUAUUUUGAGAGCCGUUUUCAUAUUUCUUGUUUGUUUUUGUUGUUUUUUGUUUUUUUUUGUAAUGAGCAUUUCUGAGUUUGAGUGGUGUUUGUUGGUGUGUCGUGUGUGUUUGUGAGGCAAGCCAACUAGAAACACUAGACUACAUGGGGAACACAACCUGUUUUCUUUCUAGUAGGAUCUAUGCAAAAUCAUCUUGUUUUUCUUUAUUCGUAAAUCCUUUGGAGAGACUACCAGCAUCAAAGCUUGUUCUUAACAAAAGAUCAUUUUUAUAACUGAGCAUAGAUUAAAAUGGGAAGUUAGUAACAAAAUAUUUUAGCAAGUUUUUGGCAUCCUUCAAACACACCCUCAUAAAUUGAUGUUUUAAACUAUUAGUAACCUGCAGGUCGAGUAGACCAGUAAAGGCUAAUACCUUGAUCACUGUGAAAUGUUUUUACUUUAGUCUCGCUCAGUAAAACCAAUUGUAUAAGUUUUACCAUAAAAAUAAAUAAAUAAAAAACCUUUCUUGA